AUGGCUGCUUCCGACAUUGAAAUGGCCGGUACGAAACGGCCUAGCGACGAGAUUGAGAAUGUCUAUCGCAAGAAGUUUAAAACUUCCGAGCUACCAAUUUCUUCUGCUCAACGCGCUGCCAUCGAUAGUCUACUCUACUCAUUCAAGAAAAAAGGUGGCUUUGAUGCUAUACGGAAGAAAAUAUGGGCUGAAUUCAACGGAAGUGAGGCGAAGAAGUCGUUUACCUCAGCUCUGAUUGAAAUGGCGGAAUCCGAAAUCGAGCGUGAUCCUUCACUGUUAUCUCGCGAAAGAGGAAAAGCGGCCACGCUCAUUGAGGGUGCUGUGGACAGGAGCGAUCUUUACAAAAGUGUGGAAAGUGCAGUCGACGCCUUGUCUGCCAAUUUCCUGGGGGAAAUACUGGAUGUCCUCCGGAGCAUUCGCCGACAGGAAGUAGGAGAGGAGACCGCCCGUGCAGAGGAACAAAAGGGUAGCACUACGGACGAGGAAUAUGCCCGUUUAGUACAAGCCAAGAGAGAGGAGAGGGAGGAGGCCAGAUUAAAGGAACUGGAGACUAAAAGAAAGUUAAAGGAGGAACGUGCCAAAGCCGAUGCUGAGGAACGUCGUAAACAGAGAGAGAUAAGGAGACAGCAAAAGGAGGCCGAACGAAAAGAGCGCGAAGAACGGGAGGAAAAACGGCGCGCUGAACGGGAAGCACGCCGUGAGGAAGAAAGAAAAUUGGACGAACAAAGAGACAAGGAGCGGGAAGAGUGUAGAAGACGGAGAGACGAGGAAGAACGCGAGUACCGAGAACGGAGGCGGGAGGAGCGUGAAAAGGAGCGUGAUAGAGAGAGAGCACGGGAUCGCGAUGACGAUAGGCGCCGUGAUAGUGAUCGAGACACAAACCGAAACCGUGAUGGAAGAUCGGAACGCACUCCAGGAAAGGAAACGUCGAGGACUCCGAAAGCGCCUACCCCAUCUCCCGCCCCUGUGGACGAGAAGGCCCUGGAAGACCAAGCUUUAGAACUUCUCCUGAAAGAAGGCAAGGAACUUGCGGCAAAAUCGAAACAACGGCCCGAAUUUGAUUUUGAAAAGGCAGAAGCAUUGGAAGAAGAGCAACAGGCUCAGGCACAUCCGCCAUCAGUGAAAGCCAGCAUGCCCUCUCGUCCAAAAAAUGAGCGUGAUAAAGCGAACAGGGAAGUCGCCGAGAAUCGUUAUGACAAAUAUCGGGCUCGGCCACGAGACCGCUCUCAAAGCGGGUCGGUAACCAGACGAUCGUCGCAUUACGAUGAUGAACGGUAUCGUGGAAAGGAUACUGAUAAGAGGGAUCGUGAAUAUAGAACACCGCGUGAUAGACAUGAUAGAGACGAUCGGUCAACCACGCGUCGCAGGACUCGCUCGCCAGUCCAGGAACGAUCUCGAGACCAGACAGAGACUGGGAUAGGGACAGAGAAGACAGACGAGAACGAGACAGGGAGAGGGGACUAG